CGUGAGGACUUGGGGAAGACGCGACUUCCUAAGGAUGCUGUUGAGAAGUAUCUUUUGCUGAAUUUGCGAGUGGAUGUGACGGACAUCCCCCAGGACCAGGAGACCAAUUGGAAUGCCAGCGGAUCGAAUCAGUUCAAACGCCAGUGAGCUGGAAAUUCUCUAUCGUUAUGCCGCACACGGGAUGUCUACUCAGCUGGGAGAUCGCUGUCUCCUGCUCAUACACGCCGCAGCCCUCGAUUUGGCUCGGUGUAAUCCGGAUGGACGACAAAGAAUGUGCAGACUUGGGUACACAACAAUUUGUACCGAUUGAGUAUUAUGGGAACUCUCAAGUUCCUUGAUUACGCCAUGGUCCAAGACGCCUUCGAGGAAGUGUUCCAACCGCUGCACACAACAACGUCUGUUACCGAUCAUAAGACCGACCACCGCAAGCGCGUAUAUAAGAAGAAUGGAGGCAAAAGGAAGCAAGAGGCCAAAGGCUCGCGCAAAGAACGUAAACUCAGGGAAGAAGCCGAGCAGCGUCGUUCCCAGGAGGCUCCUCUUGGUGACGUCCCGAAUAACAAUGGAGCUGUCGCCGUCGAUCCUCAGGACCUUACCGUAUCUGGACAAAGCUCUGUACAACCCCCCUCAUCCUCAGAGGAGUCCCGUCCCUCCAGUGACCGACCGAUUCAUGAUGAGGCGGAGGACGCUUCUGACAAGACUUCCCCAGACAGUUUCGAAAGUUCAGAUGAGGAGGACAGGGAGCCGAUUCAGCGCGAGAACGGCCUGUGCUGGGAGAUGCUUAAUAGGGCUGCCACCGAAGAGGGUCUUACGCACUGUGCCGAGAUUGCCGGAUUGGGCAGAUGUUCCACAAACUGACCUGCAGCCUUUAAUCGCUGGCUUCCCUGAGGAUGGUCGCUGACGCCAAAUGUCAUUGAGUUGUAGAGAUAGAAGUGAUUGUUUGAUUGCCUAUGCGCGGCCUAGUGCCUAAAUACUAGAUAUGUGGCGGUGAACUAC